GACGCCAGGCCACGCGCAAAAGCGAACACGCUCCCAGCAAAAGCACUUGAGCUGUUUAUUAGUUGGUGAUUAUUAACCAACAAAUAGCAGCAUUGAGGGAGCAUACAUACACACAUUGACGAGUAAGUCUUUGUCAAAAUGGGUGAAUAAAGCCUUCUUUUUUUCAGUCCACGUAAGCCGGAAAUUGAGGAGUUCUAGACUCAAUGUAAGAGUCGAAACGUGAAGUGUCGAAGUGACCAGCAGAAGUGAACGCGAUGGAAAAAAGCAGACGACACAGUCGACUUGGUGCUGCUGCCACUCUGAAGGGAACAUCUGACGACAACCUUCCAACAGCUCUGCCCGUGCGCCUGGAUGCGGUCACGGGUCACGAGCGUCUUCCUGCACACGAGGAGUCGCAGGAAAUGCUGCGAGGGAAACUGCGCACUCAGCAGGCUGACAGCACUGAGCUCAGCACUCUCAUUGAGGAGUUGUCUGCUCACCUCGUUGCCAUUGACAGUGAAGACCAAGUGAUUUUUGUCACGUUCAAAACAUUCGAGGAAGUGUGGAUGUUCGCAACGCACUACACACUCGGCCGGCUUGGUCAUUGCAUGGAGCUUUUGUUGUUUGACAAGGAGUUGUGGUUCCUCUCCUUGGAAAACCAUCUUGGAAUCAAAGUUUCCGUUCCAGAGGACACUCUUCAUGUUCUCUACACGUGCGUCCUCAUGGAAGAAGCGUCACUGUUUGCUCGCUGCACCGCCAGUCGGAUGUUUGAUAGUUGCACCUCCGGACCCGACCUGUACCUGGAGCAGGGAGACGUGGCGCUCUUUGAGCCUCCCUCCCGGGACUCGGGCUGGACGGUCCUUUGCUUGUCCGACGGCUCCCGAGGCACCGGGGCCAAACCUGCGCUGGAGCCUGUGAUACCUUUUCAUCAGUGGUUUCUCAAGUCUUGUCCAGAGAACAUUUUGGUGGGUGAUGGCAAACCGGCCCGUGACUUCCCCAUGCUCUUCGCCGCAGGCACGUGUGUGUCUACCGCGCAAUAUGACGCCAAAGGUCCAGAUGAGCUGAGCGUGUCCCCCAAUGAGCGCAUCAUCAUCGUGGGACGACUGGUGUCCUGUCACUGCUGGUUCUUGGCCAUGAAGGAGGAAACGGGAGAAAGGGGUCUGCUCCGGACGAGCCUGGUGAAACCCUCGGGAGACACCUACGACUCGACCGACGCUCUUUUAGACGGAGACGAAGCGGACCUUUUCAGUCUGCGGGAAGAUGCCAGUGAAGACCCGACCGCCUUACUCCAAAGGGCUUCUCAGAAGGUUUCUGGCGGGAGCUACAAACUUGAUGUGUUCAGCUACCACGACUCCACGGCCAAUCGGUCGCAUCCUUCCAUCCUGGUUGAGCCCUGCUUCCAGGAAAAUAUGGUGCAGCUUCUGGAUUUGUCUUCUUCGUGUGUUUAUUGGGGAACCAGAGUGGAUAAAGGCCAAAGCAUUAAAGCGCCUCCCUUCACUGUCCAGCCGGCUGAAGAAAGACAAGGCGGUGAGAACAUCACGUUGGUCCUCUCCUUUCUGGAUGGGCGCGAAUCCAAAGAUGAGUUCAGAGCCCUUUACGUACUGACACCCGAACUUGUGUCCUCCUCUAUCUUCUGCGGCCACUCAAGCGAGGACGAGUUGAUUUCCUUUCUGUCCGUCGCCAGGGAAGCGGCGAGGAAGCAAAGUCUUUUGUGGUCCCAGACUCGUCUGUGCUUCCUUUUGGGCAAGUUCUGCGCCGCCAAGUCCAAAUUCAGCCAGGCCCGGGUCUAUUUCGAGGAGGCCCUCGGUGUUCCCCGCGAUACUUUUGCCGACGUCAGGCUGCUGGCUAGCAUUUAUUCCAACCUGGCCGCCAUUUAUCUUCUGCAGAGGAACACGGAGCGCUUCUUUGACACGUCCGAACGACUGGCGGCCUUAUUAAUGGGAACGUCGUCCUGCCUGGAAUGUGCGACGGAAAGCUGGGUUCUGCAAUAUGCCCUCAAGAAGGCGGUUGUGUCUGAAAACACAAUGGCCGAAGCCCGGGCUUGCUAUCUUCUGGCGAUGCACCACUGGACUCGUGAAGAGGCGCCCAAAGUUGUCCCUUACCUGGAAAGGCUGCUUGUUCUUUGCGCUGGGUGUCAAGGAGGGUCGAGCGUCUCCCCCAGUAGAGGCGAUCUCACCCUGGCGAGGCUGCACAAGGAAAUGGGCCUCCGCCAUCUUAGUAUUUCCUCAGCCAGAAGCGCACUGCUGCGUCCUGCGGCAACGCUGACAGACGGCCUCGGCAGCCUGCUCCUCGUGUCGCGCUUCUGUGUGGACAACUCCUUCCCAGCGCACAUGGCUACGUAUUUGCACGGGUGUCUCUCUUUGAGCGACUGUCAAGGAGGACGAUUCGUUUGGAAGCACCGGCUGGCGCUUUGUCUGUCGCAGCUCUUGUACCAGCACGGGAUGCUCGGCCACGCCAUCCGAGUCAUGCGCAAACUCAUCGAUGGCGCCCCUCCCUCUCCAGACGUGGCUGAAGAGAAGAGUGCCCUCCUCUGGCUGGCAUGGCUCCACAUUCACAAUGUUCAACCCAGCGUGGGACUGCGCGUCUUGGACUCGGUCUUGGCAGCUCUGCCGGAGUACUGCGCCACGCCGCUGGAAGGGUUGGUGCUCAACAUGCGCGGCGUGGCUCUCCGUUGUAUGGGUGACCUUCGCAGGGCGGCAGAGAGCUACCACGCCGCUGUGGCCAUCUGCCAGGAGAACAAAGACGUGCCCAACCGAGCGAUAGCGCUUGCCAACCUCGGCCUGCUGUGUCUCAAGGCCGGAGCUAAAGGAGUGGCACAGAAGCACCUGACGGAGUCCGUGCGGCUCUUUUCCUCACUGGACGGAGGGCACGAGACGACCUUUUUCGCCGUGCUCCUGCGCCUGGGACAACACUGGGUGAACGAGCGGCGGAUGGAUUUUGGGAAAGGAUGCUACGAGUGGGCUUUGCUGCUGGCCAUCAAAGCCAACCUCCCAGACUGCCAGCUGACGGCAGUAAGACGUCUGUGCCACUUUUAUGAGUGGGAGAGUCCGGACCGGGCCCGGCGCGUCAUCUACAGCCAGUACCAGGUCCGACUGCUUCAAGGGACACCCGACCGAGAACGGGAGGGUGACGCAUUGGAAGCCAUCAGCCAGCUCUUCCUCUCGCUGGCCACGCAGAGGGCCUAUCGCGCGGCUCUUGACCACACCAAGAGCAGCCUGGCUAUUUUCAUCGACCUGGGCCUGAGUGAGAAGGAAGCGUACGGAUGGCUUCAAGCUGGCAAGAUCUACCACCUCCUCGGCCAGGCGGAACUGGUGGAACUUUACGUACAGGUCGCACAGGAUGUGGCUCUGAGCACAGGAGACACCAAGUUCAUCUUGAAGAUGCAGGAAGCUGCUGGAGAUAUCUUCUUCAACAGCCGCCAUGAUCAAGACAAGGCUAUCAUCUACUACAGGGAUGGCGCUCUUCCCAUGGCGGACAGGAGCGGAGCCGUUUCCAGCAGGCUGAGGCUGUGCAACAAGCUGGCGGAAGUCAUGUUCCAACUACAACUGUACGGAGAAGCCUUGGAAUUUGCUCACAGCGCUCUGGAGAUCAGCGUCAAGCUAGGUGAGGUCCUGAACGAGCGAGUGGCCUACCAUCGUCUGGCCUCCUUGUACCACCGUUUAGGUCAGUGUGAGCUGGCUGAACACUACUACCUGAAGACUUUGAGCCUCUGCCCGGCCCCGCUGCAGUUUGACGAGGAGGCCCUCUACUACGCCAGGGUAUACCGGACCUUGGGGGACAUCCUUUUCUACGAUCUGAAGGACCCUUUUGACGCGGCAGGCUACUACCAUCUUGCCCUGGCCGCAGCCAUGGAUGUGGGCAACAAGAAGUGGCAGCUGGUGCUGUGCACCCGCCUGGCCACCCUCUACCACAACUUCCUCAUGGACCGCCAGCUCUCGCUUUCUUUUUACAAGCGAUCCCGAGGCCUCGCCGCGGAGCUCAACGUGAGGAGGAUGAACACGGCUGCGGACCGCGCCGACGUUCCAGUUUACUAGGUGCCGCCAGGCGACUACGAGUAAUUCUGCACUACCGUCUGACGUUUCUGGACACUAGUAGAACUACUUUUUGUUACUGGUGAGCUGAAACUUGUCGACAACUGUGUCCUGUUAGUUGUGCCAGUUAACCUUAGUAGUAGUGGUAGCAGCAAUUGCACUGGCAUAGCUAUGAUUCUUUUACUUUUUGUAGGGGUAGGGUGGAAAUAUGCCAAGGGUCUCUCUGAAAAAUCGGAAAAUACUUGAGUCAGUUAAAACCCACGCAAGCACGGCGGAGAGAGCAUGCAAACGUGAGACUGGAAGAAAUGAAACGUCUUGGGUACAGAAAUAAUCAUAACUCAGUUGCCACGCUCUUCCCAUGAGAAAUUUGCUCCGACAAACGAGUGCAAAUUGGUUGGGAAAAUAGCCAAAAGAGCGCAAUACUCAAUGACUUGGCAUCAAGUUGGUUGCCUUUCAACAUGCGUUGCGUGAUGAAGUAACUAUAAGGAUAAACAAGAUGAAUUUUCAAGUAAUAAAGUGUUAGUUCUUGCACUGGGUUCCGCCAA